GGCACCUUGCGCGGCGGGCGGGGGCUCCGAGAGGCCCGGCCGGUCCGGCCGGCCCUGCCCCGGACAGCGGCGGCGGCGGGGUGAGUCACUGCUUGGAAAUGGAGGGGGCGGGCGUGCGCGUAGCAGAAUGAAUGAUGUCAGGGAGCACCGCGGCGAGCAUGAGGCUCUCGGCAAACACGGCGGCGGCCGCAGCCCCGAACGAGCGCUGCCCCCGGCGCCCCCCGGCCCGGAGCCGCCCUCCAGCGGGAGAGCCCUUCCAGCUGCGGCACUGCUGAGGCAGGAAACCUCUGCGAGAAGUGUCGUCUCCGCCGACGCCCUUAAAGCCGGUCCCUUUCGCCGGGAGGGAGAAGAGGCUGAGGCUGGGAGAGGAGCAAAUUGCAGGGGAAGGUAGAGAUUGUGGCAAACUUUCUAGCUGCUUCUGCGUGCUGCUGCCUCACCGGUGGGAGUGUCUGCCCAUAAGGAACUGCAGAGCCCAAACCCAGGAGCCCUGAGGCUCCAGAAACGACUUCCAGCCGCCUUUGGAGAGGAACUGCCAGCAGUGCGAGAUUUUGCAUGUACGGCUGAGUAGAUGAUUCAUCUCUAGAAGAAGGAUUGGUCUUCACAAAUUCCUUUGAAAGCACAAUGGAUGCAUUUUAGAGUUCUACAGAAGUCAUCUAGGAACAAGAACUUUGGACUUUGAGGAAUAACAGAGUUCAGAGAGCCCAGAAAUUGGUCACUAAUAAAGACUCUUUGGCCAUACAGCUUGGAAAUGAAUACCAUUGAGACAGCAAAGCUUGAAGAGCACAUGGAGGGUCAGCCAAAUGAGACUUCUAAUGGCUACUCACGACCUACUCUCUCAGUCAGUGAAGAGAACAAAAAUGGCACUAGCAAACCAAAGGGCUUGUCUAAUGGCUUGCGAAAAACAGCAAAGAAGUAUCCUGAUUACAUCCAGAUUGCUAUGCCUGCUGAAUCUAGGAACAAAUUUCCUCUGGAAUGGUGGAAAACAGGCAUCGCCUUUGUCUAUGCUCUCUUCAACUUGAUUUUAACAACUGUCAUGAUCACUGUGGUCCAUGAGAGAGUACCUCCAAAGGAGCUAAGCCCUCCCUUGCCUGACAAAUUUUUUGAUUACAUUGAUCGUGUGAAAUGGGCUUUUUCUGUAUCAGAAAUAAAUGGAAUGAUACUACUUGGGUUAUGGAUAUUCCAGUGGUUGUUUCUUAGAUACAAAUCAAUAGUGGGACGCAGGUUCUUUUUUAUAAUAGGAACUUUGUAUCUGUACCGCUGUAUUACCAUGUACGUCACCACCUUACCUGUGCCUGGAAUGCAUUUUCAGUGUGCGCCAAAGUUGAACGGAGACUCUCAGGCAAAGGUUCAGCGAAUCCUGCGAUUGAUUUCUGGUGGUGGUCUAUCCAUAACUGGAUCACACAUCCUGUGUGGAGACUUCCUGUUUAGUGGACACACUGUAGUAUUAACGCUGGUCUAUCUGUUCAUCAAAGAGUAUUCACCACGUCAUUUCUGGUGGUAUCACUUGAUCUGCUGGCUGAUGAGUGCUGCUGGCAUCAUCUGUAUCCUUGUUGCUCAUGAACACUACACCGUAGAUGUCAUCAUUGCCUACUAUAUCACCACACGGCUCUUCUGGUGGUACCACUCCAUGGCUAAUGAAAAGACUUUAAAGGUGUCUUCGCAGACGAAUUUUCUCUCUCGAGCAUGGUGGUAUCCAAUAUUUUAUUUCUUCGAGAAGAAUGUGCAGGGCUCUGUUCCUUGCAGUUUUUCCUGGCCAAUAUCUUGGCCUCCCAGCUGCUUCAAAUCUUCAUGCAAAAAGUAUUCACGGGUUCAGAAGACCGGAGAGGACAAUGAAAAAUCUACCUGAAGAAAAGAAGAAAAGCAUCUGCUCUGGUUUUUUCAUUUUUGGUUUUUUUUUUACCAAAACAUUAAUGCUGUAACCAAAGCUCUUAAGAAGACUGUAACUGAAGAAGUGGACCAAGCUUCUGUGCAAUUGAUGGAAAGACAAUUGUAGACGCAUAUAUUGCAUUUCAGAUGUUUUCCUCUCAUCCGGCUGUACAGACCUAUUCUACUCUUCAGUGCUAAUGAAAUGCACCACUGAUGGGAUUUUUUUAUUAAAGAAAAAAAUGGAGCAGGACUGUGUUUAUUAAUGAGAUAGAGGUGCCAAAGACCACAGUAACACUUCCAUUACUAUCACUCAUCCACAGAAGCACCCAAAAGUCUCAUCUUCAGAGCUCUGGAGUGCGUAAGGGCAAAAACAUGCUAACAUGUAAGGGCACGAUAUUGGCAUAUUGAGGUGUAUAAAAAAAUAACACAAUUAUGGGAAGUGGUUUGUUGCAUUAUUCUUGCUAAUGAAGGUAAGGCCUUUGUGUGACUGGUACAGCUGGAAGCAAGUCUGACUUUUUUUACACACUGUGGGUAUGAAUAUCUUAGGACCCUAAAAUACUACUUACCACCGUUAACUCCCAUGUAUUCUACUAUAUACCAAUUUUUACAUUUUUAUUAGUAAUUUUAUAUUUAAAUAGCUGUGUUACCUGACAAAUUUGCAAAUUAUAAACAGCUGCUAGCAUCAGAGCUCAAGGAGCCUAAAAUUUUAUUUUUAGUAAGAGACACAGUUUCAAAAUCUGAAUCUUGAAUUACAGCUGGCCUUGUGUAUAUAGCUCUACCAGUGCCUGUCAGUGUCUAUAGAUGCAGCUUUACACAAAAGCACAUACUGUAAACAAAAUUAUUUACUGGGAAGAGUAAUCCUAGAGUUCUUGAUGCAGGCAGAAGUUGUACAGCUCUCACCUGCUUGAGGAUUGCAAGGCCAGGUCCAAAAUGGGGCUACAUUUAAAAUGAACAUUUUAAUUUUAGUAGCAAUCUCUUGCUGAAGCUAUGUAGCAGGUUUGCUUGGGAGCCAUGGUUCUCCACUGAAUUUCUUCUUUUGUCUUUUACCUCUUGACAUAUGUUUCUGUGACUUACUUUAAAAAAAAAAACAACCAAAAAAGUGCUAAGAUGAAAUAUCUGCAACAGCAGCAUUUCUUCAAUUACAACAUAAUUUCAUAUUGAAUAACACUGUGGUAGAACUCAAAAACAGAUUACCUUUUUUUCCCACGUUUGAAGUCCAGCUGAAAUGGCUAUCUAAACAAGUUGGCUGAGAAUGGGGGAAACUACCAUGAGGUGAACAUGUAACAAACCCACAGAUUAACAGCUACCUGUUUCUUGUUGGUUUAUGUUGUUUCAUAUUGUUGUGAAAGCAAAGUAGAAAAUUAGCACACCAUGUUUAGCCAUUUGUAUUCUGUAUUAAUUUCUGCAGUUAACUCAAUAUUAUUUUCAGAUACUCACUAAAACCUAAUGAAAAGAUAAAACUGCAUUGUAUUGAGGUGAUACUAAUAUAAAUGAAAUGCUGCAUAUUUUAAAAAUGUCUUGAACUGAGUGACAAGUGUGAACACAGUUUAAAUAAUGACAACUUGUUUUUAAAAAGUCCAGAGUUAAAGUUAUAAAAUUAGAGUAUUCCAAUAUAAUAAUUUUCAGUUAAGGGGAUCAUUUCUCUCAGUUGUACAUGAGAAUAUUUUUGUGCAUUUCAAAUAUUUUUGUGCAUUAUCAAAAUAAUACAAUAAAAAGUGUUCCUUUCAAUACAUUUUUGGAAAAACUUAGUUAAGAAAAUUACUUCAUGGAUCAUAAUUUUUAAAGUUAAAAUCUAAGCUUUGUGAUACCGUAAGUGUGGUCAUGUUAAUCCUCUUGUAGUAAUACGAUCUUUUAGAAGUUACGGAUUUCCUUAGUAGUCACUGUGCCUUGAAAAUAGCAUGAUGAAAAGCUUUACCUAAGGGGCUUAAGCAGUGGUUUUCAUCUAGUGGCUGAAAAAUAAACACUUUGACAGUGGGAUUUCUGUAAUAGAUCUGCAAAACAGGCUUUCUUCAUGCAGGAUGGGGUGUUUGGGGUUUUUUACACUUAUUCCUGUUUCUGAAAGAAAAAAAUGUGAAAGUGAUUAAAUAGAACAAAGUAAAGACUCUGCUUUUGUUGGGCUGCGUGAGCUUUCAUUGUACUGCUGAAUUUGAUAGAGACUUCUAUUGUAAUGCAACAGGAAAGUUUAAGUAGCAGCUCUAGCUCAAAAUACUUGAUUCCUGUUCUGGCUCAGUCCUCCCUUAAGUACUUAAUAUUUAUCCAUUGUAUGAAAGCUCUCAAAGGGAUGUGUGUUUAAUUAGCAGAAAGCCCCAAUUUUCUAUGCUCUCAAUAGCUUUUAAGUGCUUUUACAAACUUGGAUGGUACAGCUGUAUUUGAUGACUCUUUAGGCCUAUAUGUAAGGUGAUAAAAUGGGGUAAGUAAUGGUAUAUUCUAAUUCUUACUGUUGUAGUAGUUUAUCCAAUACAAACUACAACUGCUAUGUAAAAAUUAAUAAUUGUAACAUCUUGUUCAUCAUUGUAUAAAAAUACCAUGAAGCUUAAAGUAUGGUUUCAUCACAAGAAGCAAGAAAUUGCAAUAGGUAAAAAGGAGAAACUUGGGCUUCUCCUUAGGCCUGCCAUCAAGUGGUUGGUAUAUUAUUUGGUCUGUAUAUGCCUAAUACUUAGCAGUGUGUCACUAAUGAUUUUUUCCUAGUUACAGUAACAUUUCUAAGAUGUCACAUGAGCUGCCCCUUUCCUGUGACUAUAACAUGCUCCUCUCGACUGAAGAGCAUUUACAUUUUGAGCUUUACAGACACUUAAUAAAAAAACCCCACUACAUUUGUACACCUAACCUAUCAUAUCAGUAUGACUUAAAUGAUGGUGGGCUUUCUUAAAAUGCCUAAUGUAAAUUUAAAUCUGGAUUUUAAAUGUUAACUUGAACAUUUAAAGAAGUAUGCUGCUAAGUGGUCGUGCUACAGAUGCUUACACCUAAUGCCAGAAAUUGUUAACGUCUACUUGAAAGCACUAUAAAUGGACACCUUUUUCGGUACGUGCUUAGCACUCCCAUGUGGACAUAAAAGGUACUAACUGUUAGUCAUCCUUCACUGCUGUUUUCUUGGAAAGAUCGCCACAGGUGGCGUAGUAGCAAAAAUAGCUCUGCUAAACACUGCUAUGAACCCUGGUACAGGAUUUGCUGCCCUCCUUAAAAAAAAAAUGGUUGGGAGGGAAGGAAACUAAAAAAAGUUUGUUAAAAUACACUACCUUCAUGUAAUAGAGAAAUAAAGCUCAGCAACAGAGAUAGAACUGGAAAGUCUUAAAAGAGAUGAGACCAUUCUCUCAAUUGGAUUAUUGCAAAUCCACUUACUAGGGUCUUAAAUCAGAAUGUGUUCAAUCUCUGGCUUUCUCUUAUCAGUAGUAUCUGAGUAGACAGUUUAUCCCAAGUUGUUUGGUACUAACCCAAAUUCUUUUUCUCAUUUCAUUAGAUGGGAUUUACUGUUCUAGAGACAGAUCCAUUAGCUUAAGUGCAAGGUGAAGUCUUUCCCUUAACUUUAAAUGAGCUUUCCCAUGGCUCUAUGUUGAUUUUUAUGUUUGCUUGUGGGAUUUUUUUCUUUGUUAGUGGGGUCUUUGGUUUUUUUUUUUAUUUUUUGGAGGUUUGGGUUUUGUUGGUUUGUUUUUGGGUUUUUUUUUGGUUGUUGUGGUUUUUGGGUUUUUUUAAUGCAUAAACCUUUAAUCUUAAAGAUUCAUUUUGAAAUGAAUUAUUUUGAAAAUGGGUCCAAGCUGCCAGAUGGACUGGAACCAUUUUGCUGUACUGGCAGAUGUAAUAGUUGUAAAACUCCAUUGUCAUCUUGAUAUUUUCACAAUAUACAUGUUUUGGACUUACCUAGAACUCUUAUAUGGGCACACAAAAUUAGAGUGAUGCUAUGAGAUAGAACACUUCAACACAGAAGUAUUCAAUUCUCCAGGCAUUGUAAAAUCAAUGUCUUAAAUUCAGUUACUGAGAAGAGGUAUCUUAAAAGUAAAUACUCCUGUUAGGCAUCAUUCAAAUGAGUAGUGCUGCUUAAGUACACAUGAGAAAAAUAUCCUAGCAUGCCAUUCAAGUAACUUUGCUUAUAAGUAAGCCUUCAUGUGCCGCUCUAGGAUGCUUCUUAGAAUCCAGAGAGAAGUGCUGUGAAACAGAAUAGACAAAGGCAUUUGUUGUAGUAUUUAUCAACAAAAGGAAGGAAGAUGAAAACACUGAAGUAGAAGGUGAUCAUAUAUUGCUUUUUGCAUGAAAUUGAGCUAAAACUACACCUAACUUGCACCAAGUGUAGAUUUAAAUUGUGUAAUAGUUCUGCAGAAAACCCCAACAAACCAGACCUAUAAGCAAGCAGCAGUAUUAAGCACAUCAUUCUAUGGUACAGCUGUGUAUCUCUGCUGGCUCUCAUCCAUAACUUACAAUAUAAGAACAAAACCCAACUCAGUGAGAAAUGCUUGGAGAUUAAAGUACUUAAAUAUUAUUAGCAGUCUUUUAUAAGUUGUUCCUACAAGCUGUCACUAAUAGUUUCUAAAACAAGAACAAAGUGCUGCAAUGCUUAAAACAUACUGAAGCUUUUUUCUAGUUGGCUUCAGUUUCCAUGGAUUUAACCAUAUGAUUAAAUCCUAUUAACCUAGAAAGCAGCACAUAAGAAUGUCAGGCUGAAUACAGGUAGCUCAUGUAUUUCAAGGAAACUUUCCAGUUCUGAACUCAUCUUUCCUAACUAAACACUCAAUGCCUGAAUGGUUUUUAAAGAUGAAGCAACAAUACUGUGCAGUCUCGAACGUGUAUAUGAAAUACUGGUGUUGAAGAUUUCUUCUUUCUACUGUAAAUCAGUGAUUAAAAAACCACAACAUUUUCAGUGAAAUUUUUUUAAUUGCGAAGGACUUAGAGUUGAGCAAAUAGCUAGCUGUUUGUUUUCUGUGGCUUUUGGCUGUGUACUAACCUUUAAGAUGCAAACUAGGUGGGAAGAGAAGCAGACCACUUCUUACUGGGAGGAGCAGUGUGUGACUUUUUGAAUUAAAAUUAUAUUGGCUGCAUGUUACAUGCAGUCUUAUCUGUACUACAGUUGAAAAAAGAUGCUGUAUUAUACUACUAUAGUUAGUGUUUGCACUUUUUAAAAUGAUUCUGUAGUGGUUGACCCAGUCCUUCUGCUGGAUGAGGAGUGUUUUUGUCCUUUACUUUAUGUCUGUAUGGUUAAAUAUAACUGGUGUUAGUUCUGGUAAAUGUCAGUGCAAAAAUUGCAGAUCCCUUGGAUGCAGUACAUGAGGUGUUUUGAGGCGUCUGUGCAUGGGUUUCUUCUAGGGGAAAUAAUCUUUCAUGCUGUGCCUAAAUAAUAAUGUUAGCUCUUGCAUUUUCUCUCAGCAUAAUAUGGUCUUUAGGAGGUUAGCAUUUGUAACACUGCAAAGAAUUACUACAGAAGAAUCUCCUUUGUGCCAAUUGAGUUCAAUUUUCACCAUGUAUCUUUGAAAUAUGUUUGAAGAUGACUUUUGGGUUUUUUGUUUUGUUUUUUAAUUGAGAGAAAAAGUGGUCAGAAAUGAGUCUGAAAUAGAAGCAUCUCGAGCAGUUGGGGUUAGGCACCACACAGGCACAUGGGUGUGGAAGGGGUUUCUCUGGCAUAAGCAAUAUUGGAUACAGCAGCUUCCCUAGGAAGGCAAACCAGGUUGUACUUGUACAGUACAGAUGGCUGUGAGCCAUCUCUGCCUGUCCUUUUGAGCUUCUUUUGGACUAACAGUGCAGUACUAAAGGUGGCAAUAGUUAAAAAGUGAAGGUCACUUAAAAAUCAAAACUAUAAAAUGGGGCUGAAAAGGCAGUAAAACCACACAUCAGAGAGCUGCAUUCCAAUUCAGCGGAGCAUACAAAUCGGUGUUACUUCAGGUGUGUAAGUUGCAUUUAAGAUGAGUGGGACUGUUUGCUUUCUACAUGUUUUUUAUUAAAGAUGGCAGGUGUACUGAGAAUACCAAGAGGAAAUUUAUCUCCCUGCUUACUUUUACCUCUGCCAUUGAAGGGUUUGUGUAUGAACCUUAAACAAUAUUACUGAACUCUAAUCCCUCUUACAUUUUGAGUAACUUAGCAGUGCUUUGUUACUUCUGUAGAAACUUGGUUUGCAUUCUGCUUAUUUCAGUUUGUUGCCACUCAGAAUCCUGCUUAUGCUGAAGCCUGUGCUGGUUUAGACUCCUGUCUAACUGCAUCUCCUUCUACUAAUUGUGUUUUGUAAAUGGCUCAAUACAGAAGAGUAGAAUUUACAUUUGAGAAGGCUUCAUAAUUAACUCUAAAGCCAAAGGCAUUCUUGUCAGACACAUCUUUGUGCAAAUAGUACUUGAAAAUAAUUGCAAGUUUCAAAACCUAACAUGCUAGGACUUCUUUUCCCUCAGGAAUCAAUUCUUGCUUCUUAAAUGUUUAGCACAUUUGUUUGUGUUCAUUUUCAUGAUUCAGGAGAGCAUGUGUGAGAUGUGAAAAAGGUUCUGCUAGCUUUUGAGGUCAGGGUAUACCAAGGAACCUGAAAGUAAAAGCAGAAAUAAUGGUUUGAUGGCUGUGGUUCUCAUGCUUUCCAUGUGACUUUGAAAACUCUCAAGACUUCCCUAAAAACAGCACAGGACUUCACUUUGGCUGCAACAGGGUUUCAUCCUUGUUAGCUGACAGCUUUUCUUGCAGGACUUCUCCUAGGCUGGAUCUUGAUUAUCCAUAGCUCUUUAUGUCAAUUGGAGCUGUAUAUCCAACCUUGGAAAAACUAGGCAAGAAAAGACAUUGGCUGCUGAGGAACCCUACAAGGCAAUAUGAGAAUGCUGUAAUGCAUGCAUGCUAAGAAGCUGAUAAGAUGGCAUUGUUCUGUAGCUUCAGGGUCCAGUUCUGCAAACACCAUGCAGCAGACUACUACAAUAGCAAACUGAGAAACCUUUGGUGCUGUAGUUUCUACUGAUCUUUGCAAAUUGGGUGUCAUUUUCAUAGAAAUUCUUCACAAUUAGCAAGAGUUGGCUUUUAUGUUGUAAAACUUUCAGGAUGACACUUUAUAACUGAUACUUUGUCAGGUAACUGAGUGUUAUGGUUUUCUGUAUGUGCAAGAGGUACUAGAGCUAGGGUUGUGAUUUGUGCUGCAAUCUGUUCACUGUGUUAUAAAACCCCAAACCAAAACCAACUAUUGCACUAGCUGUACUUAAAAAAAAAAAAAAAAAAGAAGCAAUAAUGGGAGCAUCUUCUAGCUUUUCCCUCCAGAGGUGCUGUCUGUCAUGGUCACUUCACUGUCAACUGCGAAUUUGGUAAAACACGUUGAAGAAAUUGUCCUAUGUGGUUUACUUGGCACAUAAAAGUUGAAAUUUUUUACUGUCAGCCUGUGUACUAAUGAAUACAGGUGGACUAUUUACAUAACCACCCACAUCUUGAAAAAUCAAAAACCUUAUAUCCAUUUAUGGUGCUAUUAAUCUCAACUACUAUAAAGAGCUGGUAGUCUCUUAUUACACAUGAACACUAAGGAAAGUUGUUGUGACACCUUUCAAUAAAAUAAAAUUUCUCUACA